AUGAUUGCCGCGGACGUCACCGCUCUCCCACCAGGCGACUCGCCGGACCUGAUUCUCGUGCCCGCCACACCAGAAGAGCGCAUCGCCUCCCUUAAGCUGAACAGCGUCGCAUGGGCCGGCCCGCUAGACCUGGACACGUACAUUGCGCGCGAGGACCAUCUCUUCUCACAGCGACUGACGCGCGACGGGCUGACGUGCUGGAUCCUCGUCGACCGCACCCAGCCCGAGGGUCAGCGCACCAUCCUCAGCUCAUGCGAGUCAUACCGCAAAAAGGCCCUGCUAGCGUAUGACGGCCAAGUGGAAGACGUGGCGACCCAUGGCAUUGGCAGCGUGUACUGCCGGCCGGAGUUCCGGGGAAAGGGCUACGCAAAGCGUAUGCUCGAGGAGCUGAGCCGUCAGCUGGAUACGUGGAAGAUGGAAAAAGAGCCCCGCAAGCGGGCACUCUUCACGAUCCUCUUCUCGGAUAUCGGGAAGAACUUCUACGCCCAGUUUGGGUGGCGGGCAUACAUGUCCUCGCAUAUGGCCCUGAAGCCGAUUGCGGAUGGCAGCCACACAAACGGUGUACCGGGAGGCGCACAGACGAGAGACCUUUUUGCCGAGGAUGUGCAUACAUACAUUUGCAACGACAAGGUGCUUACCAAGCUGCGCGACCAGAUGCGGGUGGAAUCGCAGAAAAAGCCAGGUGCCAAGAUUGCCAUCAUGCCCGACUUCGACCACUUCGUGUGGCACUGGGCGCGAGAGGAGUUUUUCUCAGAGGCCAUGCUCCCGAACCACGCUCCACCAGUCAUCAAGGGCGCAUGCGACGACCAGGCGCGCGUAUACUGCGCGUGGAAUCGGGUUUUCGGGGACGAUCCCUCUGCCAACGUUCUGUAUAUUCUGCGGUGGGUGUACGAUGAUCCCACAUCCCCCAAGGAAGAAGAGGUUAUUGUACACGCCAUGGCCGCGAUCUUGCGGCGGGCUCAGCGGGAGGCGCGGGAGUGGAAUCUGCGUUCUGUGGAGUUCUGGAAUCCUACACCCCUGCUGCAGAAAGCGGCCGCUCUGCUGGAUCCGGAUGUCCAGCUUGUGCAUCGCGAAAAGAGCAGUAUUUCCAGUUUACGGUGGACUGGUGCAGAGCAAGGGUUGGGCAAGGAUGUGGAGUGGAUGUUGAAUGAGAAAUACACUUGGUGCUGA